AGCGAGGUCGCCGAGGGUUUGUACUGUACGGCCCAGGCGGUCAUGAAGCAGAUCGGGAAUGAUGGUGAUCAGCUGAUCUCCGGUCUCGAUAUCGCGCCUCUUAAAGAUGUACUUGUCCUCAGCCUGGUUCACCAUCGCGAUUGCACUGUUAACAUUCUUCCAGGUCAUCUAUCUGUUGAAAGCAAGGUUAGGCCAGCGAGAGAUGACGGAAAUAGACCGCUAAGUGUAUUAACCUGAUGUAAACAAUGAUCAAUACAUGGAUUCGAG